GUGCGCGAUGAGAAGUGCGCAGUGGUACGGCGUCAAGCAGCGUCAAGUUGAGUCGACGAGUGAAUUGUGAAGGAAGAGUCGUGUGAAGAAAGUGUUUUACACUCGUGUUUUUACCUAUUUUACAACGAUCAUUUCACUUACUUGGCGACAGAAAUUUGGUGAUAAAGUUGAAGGCCUAAUCCUUGGGAAAGUAAAUUAUCUCCAAAAACGUCAUCGUAAAUAAAAACAAAAAUGGGAGCACGGAAUAGCAAAAGGUCUAUGGAUGUUACUACAACACCAAAGAAAGAAGGAGUUGCUGAAGGUGGUGAAACGCCUGCCGUUGGUGAUGGAAAACUCGAAAGGAUCGAGGAAGCAGAUGCGAAACCAACUACUAAUGGUGUCGCACCACAUACUGAUGCACCAGAAGAUAAAGACAAUGAGAAGGAGAAGGAUUUGCCAGAAAAAGAAACAAACAAGACCGAGAAUGAGACUAAACCAACGGAAGAAUCUUCGCCUGCAGAAGCACCAGCUGAGGCACCACCAGCAGAAGAAGAACAAGUUACGACACCUACUGAUGAGACGAACACCAGCACUAUUUCUGCCAGUUCUCCUGAGUCUAAAGAAACAAUGAAAAAAGAAAAGUCGAAGAAGAAGUGGUCAUGGAGAUCAAUAAGUUUCAGUAAAAAAGACAAGAAUAAGCCAGUACGAGAAGAAACACCCAAGAAUGGCGAUGUCAGUAAAGACGAAUCACUGGCUGAGGGCGGUGAAGAAGCUGAGAAUGCAGCAGCAAGUCCAGUAGAAGAAAAAUCAGUAACUAGCCUGAAUGAAUCAGCGGCGGGAGAAAAUGAAGUUAAAAAUGAGGAGAAGCCUGCAGCGGCACCUGAAGUAACAUCAAGUCCAGCUGAGGAAAAGCAAGAGGCACCCUCAUCUCCCACUGCCCCAAUCCCCGUCCCUGUCGAGGAUAAGAAAGAAGAAAAAACUGAAAAAGAAGUAGAGAAAGUUGAGGUCAGUCCAACGCAAGCCGUAGCAGCCCCGAUAGAAGUCAUGUCCCAACCCCAGCCGAUUAUUGCACCGUCUAUCAUUGAGAGGAAAACCAGUGAGGACUUUCCUUCCUUGCUUCCAUCUAGUCCACCCCCAACCCCCAUUAAUCCAUCGCCCCUUCAGCAGGCACAAUCAGCUGCUGCCAAUGCAUCAGCUCUUGCUGAGGCACUAAAACUUCCUGCAGAGGCAGAUCUAGCUAACGCAUGUCGCUUAGAUUAUCACAAAAAUGAUAAUGAAAUUGUAAAUAGCGAACCAGAAUCAAUGGAGAGUAAUAUAGAAAUUGACUCAAAAGCAAUAGAAAAUAAGGAGGAAGUAGAAGAAGCAGUUCAAGUUGAAUCUAAAGCAAUAGAAACUCAAGAUGUGCAAUCAAUAGUUGAAGAUGUUCAUCGGGAAAAUAUUGAUACGGAUAUUCCUAUUGAAGAACAUUCUUCUCUUACAGAUUUAAGUGACAAUACAAAAACUUGUCCAAUAGAAGUUGAAGAAAUAGCUAUUGAAACUACUGCUGCUGUUGUUGACCAGCAAACUUGCAACAAUCAAUUUGAAAAAAUUGACGAAACUUCUAAGACUGAAGAGAUUAUCACAAGUGAAAAAUCAACUGAAGAUGAUGUAAAGGAAAUAGAUGAUGAUAAUAAUACAGAUGUCAAAAUGGAGAUAGAUACCACGAUAAAAACUGAUAAUGAAGAUGAGGAAAUUCCACCGCCUAUUCCAGAGUCGCCAAUUCCUAUACCCAAGGCAUCGUCACAAUUCAUUAAUUUUAUUACUUCACAAAUUGAAGACAGUCCUCCUCUUUCAGAGCCAAUAGAAACCGACAAUGUGAUGCAACCAAAAUUAGAAGUUGAAGAUUUUUCAUUGCAAUCUACAGAUAAUUCAAUUCCUUCUCCGCCUACAGAAACUGUUGUAGACACUUCAAUCGAAUCUCAAAAUCCACUUUCACUUCAAGAGAUUAAUAAUUUGCCACCACCGCCUCCAGAAGUCGCAGCAUGUGAACAAGUGCCAGACAUAGUGUCUUCCAAUCCUCAAGAAACUGUUGAAGAUAUCCCGACAUUGUCCAGAAGUCCCAGUCCAGAAGUCUCCCUUGGAACAGUAGAGUCCUCAAACGAAUUAGUGGAACCUGAAGUGAACGAGGAUAAAAAAAUUGAGGCUUUUGUUGAGAAGAAUAAUCACGAAUUUGUAAAAGAAACGAUAGCAGCUCCAGUUGAAGAAAUCAAUACGAAAUCUGACUUGGAAAAUAGGCAAUCUGAUACAAUUGAAGACAAAACAGCGUCCGUCGAUAGUUUGUUAAAUCAUCAGAUCCAGAAGAACGACCAGAGCAUACCCGAGACUGAAGCUCCUGUUGAAAAUUCCACCUUGAAUAGUACAACGGAAUCCACUGAGGAAACCCCGAAAAGUCCACUUGCAUCUGUCCAAACUGAAGUCACUGCACCUGUAGCACCCGCUAUCACCGAAGAUGUUACCUCAGUAACCAAAGCUGUUGAAGAGAUUGAUAUUAAUGAGAAAGCUGUGGCGGCGGCAGUUAAUGAAAAUAUUGAGAGUGCCAACAAAAAUGAAAUUAUUGCUGAUAUGAAUUAUCAAAAUCUCAAUGAAUAAACAUCGAAAAUUGAAUUAUAUUUUGGGAAGUAGAGAUUUUUUUUCUCGUUAAAACCAAAAAAGUAUAUUAUAUAAAUAUGUAUAUUUGGACCAUUCCUGCAAUCAAACUGGAAUUAAUGUUCUUUUGUUACGAGCAGCAAAAUUAAA